AUGGAUGAGGAAAGUCUGGAAGCAGCUAUUCAGACCUACAAUGCCCAGCUGCAGCAAGUGGAGCUGGCUUUAGGGGCAGGCCUGGACCCAUCGCAGCAGUCGGACUUGAUUCAGUUGCAGGAAGAUUUAAAGCAGCUGAUAGAACUGACUGAAUCCAGCCUGGUAUCUGUUAAAAAGAGCAAACUUCUGGCUACUUUAGAUACAAAUGCCUCCUCCUCCUCCCCAGCAGGUGCCCUGGAGCGGGACACCAACCCCGAGAGUUCUGCCCAAGAUGAGGAGUAUGCUGCUUUUAAGGAAGCCAUUGCUGAGCUUGGAACCGAUGAGAAGCCUUCAGCUCAUAACAAUGAGAUAUCAUCAAAGAGAGAUGAAGAAACUGAUGACAAAAAUGAAUCAAAGUACAGUGAAGAGGAGGAGGAAUCUGACAGAGAGGAGGAGGAACUGAGUGGGAUGAAGGUUAAAGCCCCCUACUACAGCUCUUGGGGGACCCUGGAGUACCAUAAUGCCAUGAUUGUGGGAACAGAGGACUUAGAAGAUGGCAGUGCAGGAGUCAGAGUGCUGUAUCUCUAUCCAACUCACAAGUCUCUGAAGCCAUGCCCUUUCUUCUUGGAUGACAAAUGCAGAUUUAAAGAGAACUGUCGGUUUUCGCAUGGUCAGGUGGUCUCUGUGGAGGAGCUUCAGCCAUUUCAGGAGCCCAAUCUGAGCACCCUGGAGGUGGGCUCAGCCUGCCUGGCGAAACACAGCGAUGGAAUAUGGUACACUGCAAAAAUAACCGACAUUGACAGUGGUUACUACACUGUGAAGUUUGAUUCCCUGCUGCUCAAGGAAGCUGUUGUGGAAGGAGAUAGUGUCAUUCCCCCACUGCGAAGUGAAGAUGGUGCCGAAUCUGCUGAGUCUGAUGAAGACAGUGUUGAUGAUUCUGGUUAUGCUAAAGGUAAGAGAGUGGGGAUGAUCCAAGUUCCAAGCUCUGAGUCUCUUUGUUUCUGUGUUUCACUGAUUCUUCUCUUCUGUGCCUCAGUGAUAGAUUCAGGAGUUCCAGAGAAUGGGGAAUGGACUCCUGCGUGCAGUUCCUCUUUUGGUGGCUGGGAAGCCCAUACUCGUGGUAUCGGCUCCAAACUGCUUGUUCAGAUGGGAUACGAGUUUGGAAAAGGGUUAGGGAAGAAUUCUGAGGGCCGAGUGGAGCCAGUGCAGGCUGUGGUACUUCCUCGAGGGAAGUCCCUCGACCAGUGUAUUGAGGUGCUUCAGAAGAAGAAACAGGGGAAGCUGGACCCAGGCAGAUCGAGAAAAUGCAGAGCAAAGGGAGACAGCUCUGGACAGUCCUCUGCGGGCAGCCGUAAGCCUUCCCGCAAUGUGUUUGACUUUUUGAAUGAGAAACUGCGAGGGAAGGGCACUGGGGAGAAGUCUGGAGGGGUGGCAGUGCCAGAGAGGAACAGCAAGGAGAUCUACCAUGCUAGCAAGAGCACCAAGAAAGCCCUGAGUGUCCGCCUCUUCCAGACAAUGGAGAAGAUUGAACAAACGCAGAAGGAUAUCAGAGGAAUCCAGCAGGCCCUGGCACGCAACAUUGGAAGGCACAGCAUUGCUACAGCUCAGCUGGAGGAGAAGCUUGCUAACGCGCACAAACAGCUGGGGCAGCUGCAGGCCCAGGAAGCCAGUCUGCAGCGGGAGCAGAAGAAAGCAGACACGCAUAAGAAGAUGACUGAGUUCUAGUCUCUGAGGAAGGCGUUUGACUGCAGUGAUUGUCCUUCUAGCCAGCCCCAGUGCUUGUGGCCUCAGAGCCUGGGUGAGCCAUCCCGCUCCUCUGGUCCUCAGGCUGCCCAGCCUGAAAACUGGGCUGAAAAGCAGCAGUUUCUAAAAACUAGA